AUGGUGGCACCCACAAAUCCCGAUGUCAUUUCAGACGACGCCAAUAUUGACACACAAGAUAACAUUUCAAUUGGUUCAGUUACGUCUCAAGAACAAGGAGACGGAGAUGUUGCGGCUAAUAUUUUAGAAGAUAAAAUUGACAUUAUAUCAGGACCGAAUAAAGACAUGCAUAAUAUUACUCCUCAUGUGGAUUAUUGUGGAUAUUCAAUUCCACAUCCAUCAGAAGCAAAAUUAAAUCUUCGGAUACAAACAUCUGAGAAAACCGACGCGGUAGAAGCUUUGAAAAAAGGAUUAGAGGAUUUGGCGGGACUAUGUCUUUAUGUUGAAUCGGAAUUUCAAAAAAAUUUUCAGGAAGGCAGUUUCGCUUAUGAUUCGGAUAGCUUGUAA